AAAUAUAACUAAAGACCACCCUCUUGACUUCUGAGAGAGCGCGUGCACACUUUGCGCUCAUGUGAGGAGAGAGAGCGCGCGUUACUUCAGCAAGUGUCAAACCAAAAACAGCGACAAUAAGUUGAGAAUACGCCAACAGCGCUGGAAGAUGGAGGAGCAUACUGUUGUUAAAAAGCGCUCUGUGGCUGAACUAGCUGGAAAAUUCAAUUGUCCAAUACCCCAUACUACAGAUGCUGAAGUGAACAAGCCUGUGAGAAGGAGACCCCCACGCACGCUCCCGCUUCCUGCUAGUAAUGAUGCUGGUCAAGGCCAAGAUGAGAAAGGAGCUGAAACAGCAUCACCCAGGAAGAACAGAAACUCUGCCCUUAUUGAGAAACUGCAGGCCAACCUUGCGCUUUCUCCCACUGGGCCACUGCCCUUCCCAAAGAGCCCAGGGGUGUUGAAGAUACCGGUACCAUCCUUCUCCCCCGGCUCUCCCAGCAGCCCCUCUAGUCCUCCUAUAACUGUCACGCCCAAACAGGAGGAAACUCCUGCCAGCUUUGAGAAUCCCUCGGAAGGAGCUGUUCUCAAAAGCAUCAUCAAGGGUAGAGCUCGACAUUCCAUUAAGCGGCGCCCACCGUCUCGCCGACACAGGAAGUCUAGUGCGGAUGAAGAUGUGGAUAAAACAGACACCCUUGAACACACAACUCCAAAUGGGCACGAAGGAGAUGUGUUUGAAGAACGGAAGACGUCACUAGACACAGAAUCUCUCCCCUCUAAAGAACAGAUUGAGCAGGAAACCAAAUCGACAGAUUCAGAGAAGGCGGAACCAGUGGAAAAAGUGGAGACUGUGACUUCAGAAAAGAAAGAGGCAGAAGAGAAGACAGAACAAGAAGAAGAGAAGACAGAAAAAGAAGAAAAGAAGACAGAACAAGAAGAAGAGAAGACAGAACAAGAAGAAGAGAAGACAGAACAAGAGCUAAAGGAAGAGAAAAGUGAGGAACCACAGCUGGCUAACAGUACAGAAGAAACACACGAAGAGCCAGUCACAGAAACUCACGGAAAACCACAGGCUGAACCUGAAACAACAGAUGAGAAAGAAGAGGAACAGAAAGAAGAUGAAGUAAACCAUUAGAACCAGGGAUUUAAAGUCUCCAAAUUGAGAAAAAGGUCAAAUCAACUGGCUCACUCCGCAGAACUCCCUUAAACUCACUGCUUAACCAAAGCAAAGACAUUAGGAGAAGAUGAAAUAAUGUGAAUAACUUGGUAUUAGACUUGUCUAUGCCAAACAUUUGAGUCGUUUGAAUGUGGAAGUGAAGCCUUCAGAUGCAGAGAACAACAGUAUUUUCCCUCCUGUACAGUUUUGUUGAUAUUUUGAUAAUACCUCUGUUCUGAGCCGCUUGAAUGAAUUUACACAUAAAGGUUGGUUUGAGAUAUACUUUUUGUAUACAAUUAUUUGUCUCCACUAAAGGACUUUUUUUUAAAUUCUGUUUAUGUUGGUCAUACACUGUGAAAAAAGAAUUGUUGGUUUAACUUAGAAAAGUAAGUUACCUUGUUGCCUUCAAAUUUUGAGUUCAUUGAAAUUAAAAAAUUUAGUUAAUACAAUGAAGGCGAUUGGUUUAAUCAACAGAAACUCACAAUAUUGUGUUAUCUGAACCACAUUAAUUAACAUUUUAAGAAAAAAUGUUGUGAUAACAAAUCAUGAAAAUAUUUUUGCAGUGUAGCUGUAUUCCUAUCAAAAGUAUGAAUAGUUGUUCUUGGGAUUUUGAGACUUGCAGAAAUUAAAAAUGGAAAUAUGAAAAAAAAAA